AUGCCUCUCAACUACUCCAAGUGGGAUAACCUCGAGCUCUCGGAUGACUCGGACAUCGAGGUCCACCCCAACAUUGACAAGAAAUCCUUUAUUCGGUGGAAGCAGCGCGACAUCCACGAGAAGCGAGAUCAGCGAAAAGCCGAAAAGGAUGCUCUCCGUGCAGAAAUCGAUACCAACAACGCUCUCACACCUCGGCUUGACCAACUCUUGCAAAACACCAGAAAGGAAGGCUCCUCAUACUACUCAAGGGAGGUAGCCAAGCUCAGUGCAGGAAGAGCCGAGAGGGGCAACAAGGAUGGCCCGAACGGUCCAACCCCGGAUGACAUGAUUUUGAGUCUCCUGCUCCAGAUUCAACAACAGGACAAUGUCAAAGCAAAGAACGGUGACGAGCUCGAUCAGGUCCUGGUGAGCGAGCUCGAGGCACACAAGCAAAAGCUGGCUGCAAGACAGACACAGAUCAACUUUGAGCUCGAGCAGAUGGAAAAGGAAGACUCCAAGAAGAUCACCAGCGACGGUAUCAAGGAAGGUUGGAGCUCGGGCUACGUUGCUAAAGCCGAACCUGAGCCGCUUCCCAAGCCGGCACCAAAUAAGGGCAGGAAAAAAGCAGAGCCGGUCAUCGAGACGCUCAACUCUCCUUCACUGGCCUCCGGCACAGCCACCCAGCCUACCACUGCGGACGACGACAACGACGAUGACGAUGACGAAGAUGACAUCCCCGAAGCAGACGAUGUGAUGCGUCAAUUUGCCAGCCUACCAUCGUGCGUCCCGUCCUCGAUCCCUCUUUCGGCUUCCACCCUGCCAGCCAACUUUGAUGCAGCAAAAGCGCUCAAUAUCACCGCCUUCGAGACCGCGUUGCAGUUCCUUUCCAAGCACAAGAUCCUUCUCUCCCCCAGCAACAACACCACCGAUUCGCUCCUGUUGGAAGCCUUCAAUGCACAGAUGGCUUCCAACUCGUCGCUUGCACGUCGAUGCGUCGAGAAAUCGCUCAUGAUUCAGUACUGCAACAAACUCGGACCUGAUGGAGUCAACCUCUUCUUCCGCCGUAUGGUGGGAUCCAAAGACGGUCGUGCUUCUGUGGUGUAUCUCAACGACGUGCUCGCUACCUACUCUCGUAUCCGUGACCGAAGCAAGGCGCUUGCAGAGCAACAGCAAUCUUCCGGCGCGGGAGAAGAACAGAUCCAACUCGUGGCAGAGGACGAAAACACGGUGAUUGGAUUCGAGAUCCCCGAUGGCCCACCACCUGAGAUCAUCGAACUGGAAGGUGAAGCCAAAGACAAACUCGACCCGGAAGACGUCAGGCAAUGGCUGCAAAAGCGGUGGGAUAUCUUCCAGAGUUUCCCAGACGACUUGAAAGACGCUUUGAAGAGCAAAGAUUUGCAAAAGGUGAACAAGGUGCUGGCUGACAUGAAGGUUGACCGAGCCGAACACGUGGUUGCGCAGCUCGAUCAGGCGGGCAUCUUGAACUUUUCCAGUGCCGAGGUGCGCGACGAAACGGGUCGAUGA